AUGGCAGCUUGUUCCAAAAUCCUUCUACAAGGCGGUACUCUUCUGGUGCAUGAAGUCGACGAGAGGGUGGUUGCGCGCCAGCUCGAUCUCUUAAUCGAUGGAAACAACAUUGUCAAAAUUGAGGAAAAGAUCGAUGUCAAUGAAGAGAGCGUUAAAAUCAUCAACUGCGAUGGCAAAAUAGUAUCGCCUGGGUUCGUCAGUACCCACCAUCACCUAUGGCAAACCCAGCUAAAAGGUCAACACGGCAACCAUACUCUUCUGGAAUACAUACCGUCCGGAAAUUUCAUCGGGUCACUCUAUUCAACUGAAGAUGCCUUCUGGGGUGAGUUGGGUGGGGCAAUGGAAGCUAUCGAUGCUGGAACUACAUCAGUGGUCGACCAUUCAAGCCUCAAUGUUGGCGAUGAGUACCCAUCGACGUUGAUGAAUGCCUUGGUAACCUCCGGUCUACGAGCUGUGUACUGUCAAUGUGUUCCGAGGACGGUUUUGGAAGGUUCUGUGAUAGCUAGGGAUGACUAUUCCCCUACAUCCGCACUUCGCACUUGGAAAGAGCUUGCAAAGGUUGCCCCUUUUGCUGACGGUAGAGUACAACUUGGCUUCGCGGUGGAUAAUCUAUAUCUCCCUACUAGUCAAUUGCAGGAACUCUACACCGAGCUUCGAUCAAUGAACGCAAAGAUCAUUACUACCCAUGGUGUAGGGGGAAAGGCCUUCAGUGACCCUCCGUCAGCUGUACAACUUCUGAACAACGCGGGUCUACUUGGUCCAGAUAUUCUUCUCUCACAUGCCAAUUUUCCAAAGGAUGGCGAUGCUGGGCUUUUGGCCAAGCACGGCGCCUCUGUUUCUUCAACACCAAACACAGAGCUCCAAAUGGGCUGGGCACCUGUGGCAUUCAUGCCUGAAUUUCAGCGAAUUGUCAGCCUUGGAGUGGAUUGUCACAGCUGGGGAAAUGGAUUCAUGCCUGGACAAAUGCGUAUGUUACUUCAGCAUGCCAGAACGAAGCAUGCGGAAAGACUGGAAAGUGAAGGAAAGUGGAGCCGACAUGUUGGACCUCUAGUGGAAGAGGUUUUCAAUUUGGGGACGAUUGGUGGCGCUCGGUCGAUGGGAAUGGCUGGCCAAAUUGGGCAGAUCAAGCUCGGAGCCAAAGCAGAUUUGGUGAUCUUUGAUACUAAGAGCCCGUCAAUGUGGGCUGCUGCGCAGGAAGAUCCAGUUUCUGCCAUCGUGCUGCAUUCCAGCGAGAGAGACGUCGAAACCGUUAUCGUGGACGGGGUUGUAAGAAAAGAAGGAGGCAAAUUGCUGCCUGUUUCGAUCGCUACCGCUCCUGCUCCUGCCGUAAGAUUUACCUUGGGCAGACGGCAAGUCGAGUGGAUCGAUGUUAUGACUGAAGUGUUGGAGAGCAGAAAAAGAAUCAAAGCCAAAGCGCAAGGAAUCGACUUCAAACUGGCAGAAGAAGCAGUGAUUGAUGGUUUUCACAUGGAUCGAAAUACCCUGAUGGAGGCCAUCUAA